AUGUUUGGUGUUUUCACUCGACGGCCCAGCCACGAUCCGACAAGAUGCACCAACAAGGUGAAAAGCCUACCUACUGCGUACACCCUGCGGGAACAGCAGGAGUGGCAGCCGCCGCGGACGGGCAUACCCCCGAGACACAUCGUCUCGGCCUAA